AGUGCUGAAAAACUUGUUGUUGUCUGGUAAAAUGGCGUCAAACGUAGAGGCCCCGGAGCGCUGGUACCUCGCCCUUCUCGGCUUUGCGGAGCAUUUCCGAACCUCCAGUCCGCCCAAAAUACGACUCUGUGUGCACUGUCUACAGGCCGUGUUUCAGUUCAAGCCUCCGCAGAGGAUCGAGGCUCGGACACAUCUUCAGCUGGGCUCCGUUCUCUACCACCACACCAAGAACAGCGAGCUGGCCCGCAGCCACUUGGAGAAAGCGUGGUAUAUAUCUCAACAAGUUCCUCAAUUUGAAGAUGUCAAAUUUGAAGCCGCCAGCAUUUUGUCAGAACUCUUCUGCCAGCAGAAUUUGGUGGACUCUGCUAAACCCCUUCUGCGCAAAGCCAUCCAGAUCUCACAACAAACACCAUACUGGCACUGCAGAUUGUUGUUCCAGUUGGCGCAACUUCAUACACUGGAGAAAGACUUGGUGUCAGCAUGUGACCUUCUGGGUGUUGGAGCCGAAUACGCCCGAGUGGUGGGCUCCGAAUAUACCAGCUGUAACCUAAUGGGGACACAAUGCAGGGCAUUGUUUCUUCUCAGUAAAGGAAUGCUGCUGCUAAUGGAGAGGAAGCUCGGGGAGGUUCAUCCUCUCCUCACACUAUGCGGAACCAUAGUGGAAAACUGGCAGGGAAACCCAAUCCAGAAGGAGUCUCUGAGAGUCUUCUUCCUAGUACUACAGGUCACACACUACCUGGAUGCUGGACAGGUGAAGAGCGUGAAGCCGUGUCUAAAGCAGCUGCAGCAGUGCAUCCAGACCAUCUCUACACUCCACGACGAUGAGAUUCUUCCCACCAACCCAGCCGACCUCUUCCACUGGCUGCCCAAGGAGCACAUGUGUGUGCUCGUGUACUUGGUGACAGUCAUGCACUCCAUGCAAGCAGGAUAUCUGGAAAAAGCCCAGAAGUACACAGACAAGGCUCUCAUGCAAUUAGAGAAACUAAAAAUGUUGGACUGCAGCCCCAUCCUCUCUACCUUUCAAGUCAUUCUACUGGAGCACAUCAUCAUGUGCAGACUCGUCACAGGCCACAAAGCCACUGCAUUACAAGAGAUCUCACAGGUGUGUCAGCUGUGCCAACAGUCCCCCAGGUUAUUCACCAACCACGCUGCUCAGCUUCAUACACUAUUAGGUCUGUACUGUAUCUCAGUCAACUGUAUGGACAACGCAGAAGCCCAGUUUACUACCGCCCUGCGGCUCACCACACACCAAGAACUGUGGACGUACAUCGUAACCAACUUGGCCAGCGUCUACAUAAGGGAAGGAAACCGACACCAGGAGCUGUACAGCCUCCUCGAGAGAAUAAACCCAGACCACAACUUCCCAGUGAGCUCCCACUGCCUCCGCGCUGCAGCCUUCUACAUCAGGGGACUUCUGUCCUUCUUUCAGGGACGCUACAACGAGGCAAAACGUUUCCUUAGGGAAACUCUGAAGAUGUCCAAUGCCGAGGAUCUGAACAGACUGACUGCCUGCUCCCUGGUUCUGCUUGGCCACAUUUUCUACGUACUGGGCAACCACAGAGAAAGUAACAACAUGGUUGUACCUGCCAUGCAGCUGGCCAGCAAGAUCCCCGACAUGUCGGUCCAGCUCUGGUCUUCGGCACUGUUGAAAGAUUUGAACAAGGCCCUUGGGAACACCAUGGACGCCCAUGAAGCAGCUCAGAUGCACCAGAACUUCUCCCAGCAGCUGCUGCAGGACCACAUUGCCGCCUGCAGCCUCCCUGAACAUAACCUCAUCAGUUGGACUGAUGGCCCUCCCCCUGUCCAGAUCCAAGCCCAGAACGGUCCGACCACCAGCCUCGCUAGCCUGCUAUGAGGAGCCUCCUGACUUUCCUGUCUCACAUGUGACUGUAGCUGGUAAAUGAUCACAAGCAGCGAGUAGAUGCCUAACAGCCUGCUAUCCAGACCACUGUAGCUUGAAAGGAUUUUAAAAAGGUGACAGUUUGGGCCUUCGCUUUAUUAGCCUCUCAAGAUUUCUUCCUGAUUGUCUUCUAUUACAUUUUAAACGUAAAACAAUGACAACUGCUGUUGUACAAGUACUUCACGCUAUCUGAUGGCACGGACGCUUGCGGGGCACGAGGGCACGGCUGGACUCUUGAUAAGAGCAGUGAAGGACACGUGGCAAUGUACAAAAGGGCUUCUUUGCCUCAGAUAUAGAGAGCCCUUCUACUUUCGCCAGGAUUCUUUUCCAUUUGGAAAAACAAGGGGUUAGAUGCAGGGAGGGGGAGCAGUAAAGAAAUGUAGAAGAAAUUAAUUUAUUCAUGUUGCUAUUUUUGUAACUGUUGGUAAAUAUUUUACAUCUUGCCUUUUUUUUUGUAUGGAUGCAGUUUUUUUUUUUCUUUUCUUCUUCUUUUUAAUGCAUGGAAGUUACUGAUGUGGACUCCCUGUACGAUAGUAUCUGACCCAGGUUGCUAACAAUACGUUUUUGGUAGAUUAUUUUCUUUUUUUUUUUUUUUUUUGAGCACAAAAUCCAUAGUAGAAAAAGUAGAGACCUUUUAUAACUUAUUUUCUCAAAAGACUAAUUUGAAUGAGUAUCUCAAAUGUUAUUCUGCAUAUUGGCAGCGUACGGGUGUAGCGGUACACGGACCGCGUGGACCUUGGAUUAGGAGUCACGGAUUGAUUUUUAGCAACGCAGAGAAAACGAGCUAAGAGUAAAAUUGUAUCCUUGAGAACAGCGAAAUAGAGAUUUACUUGGCAAGUAAUGAUGGCAAGGUCCUGAAUGUUGACCAUUUAUAAAAGUGUAAUGGUCUCGCUGUCCAGCUUCUUUCACCAUAAAAACCAACUGUGCAAUUUCUGUUUUAAGGAUUGCAUUAGUUUCUCUUUGGCAUCGCUAAGGACGCGGCCAUCUUGUUUAGAACUUUAUUAGGAUUGUCAUUGGACACACGUAAAAAGAGGCUAAGUGUUAACGCUCACUGUGAGCUCCAUAUGGUAUCCGGUAGAUUGACCAGUGUAGGGUUAGAAAUCAAAUGUCUAAUGUGAGUUUUAUUAUUGUCACUGGCUCGACCCAAAUUAAAAUACUUACCCAGUGUGUGCAGCCUCAGACAGUAACUGUUUGGCUCACAAAAAUGAAGAAUUUUUCACAACAAAUGUGAGUAUUGUGUGCACCAGUUGGUUUGGGACGACUCCUCGUACCGUUACACCCCUGAUUAACAAGCAGUGUUUAAAAUGCUCCCGGCAUCAUCUGGUGGCUGUGAGAAUUUUCCGCCACCUUUUGAGAAAAACACAUUUAACUGAUCUAUUUUUUGAAGUUCCAUAAUAUAUGAGUCCUGUUGGUGAAUUGCUUCUGGAUCUCUCUCAUAAUCGUCAGAUAUCUUUUAAAGAAUUUAUUUUUAUUUUGUUAUAUUUUAAUUUCUCGAUAGGUCUACUAAAUGGUUUCUUCACAUUAUGUUUGUAUAGAUUUGCCACUCGUUGAACCUUUUAUUGUACAGUGACAUUUUAUAAAGUCAAUUUAGUAAAGUGUGAUAUGUAUUAUUUUAGCUAUCCAUGUAGGUAUCUCAACUCAGCUUGGUAUUUAAAGCACUCUGUAAGGACAGUUUAAGCUUGAGUACUGGCCAUAUUCUAUCCAUUGCCUAUGUUUUUAAUUCUUUUCGACAAUUUUCCAAUAAAAAAUAUGAUUGAAAUUUUGUAA